UUCAUUAAUUAUUAUAUGAAAUGGAACAAAUUAAAUAAUUUAUCAUUAUCAUACUUCAAAUGCCGUGAAUCCUUUCAUCCGUUUGGUUUAUACAUAUAUUCAAAAGAAUUCAGAUGUGGUUUCAAACUAAAUGUAAAAUAUGCAACAAAUGUGUGUCUUGGACUGAUAAAGCCGCGGACUCAAUCCACAGCAAUCUGAGGCAAAAAACCAGAGCACUUCGGCUGCCCCUGAUCUGCGUACGAAAGCUAUUUAGUAGCCCCGAUGGUGGCGCAGGGGUUAAGGGACUGCCCCGGGUUUUCCCUUUUCAUAAAGAGGAAGUCGUCUGCUGGACUGGUCUCUCACUCUCCUGCGGAAGGAAGUCGCGCCUGUUCCGCCAGUAUAUAAUAAAGAUUUCGCAUGGCAUGAAUGCAAAUUACUGCAGAAAUGUUAUUGAACUUUGGCACAGGCAGAGAGGCAUCGGGGUUAUUCUCCUCCCUGCGCGAUGGUGGAAUUUCGGAGGACAUAUGCAUUGGAAUCUCUUCCAUAUGUUGGCAAUAACUGGGCUUCCUUUUGCUUCUGCUCUGACACGCCUACAAGUGUCUGCCUGUGAUGGCGCCAUCUACACGAAAAUGUUCUAAGUUGCGAUCUUGUAAGGAGCACUGGCGCAUACAGCUUUCAGUUUCUAUUUUACAUAACCAGGUGUCGUUACUGCAGCCAUUGAAUGUACAAAAUUAAAGGCAAUGUAAAAUUGGGAGAAUCUGCCAAAAUAUAUAUAGUUUUAA